AUGUUCCUCAAAAGCCAAGCAUGCUAUGGUCGGAUAAUAGCAGAUACAGAUCAAUUUGCGUUUUUUUACACAAAGUUCAAUCUCUCUUGGGCGGUGUUCCUCUUCGCGUUUCCUCUUCUUCAGGUUAAAAUGGGAGACAAUCAUGACGAUGACAAGAACAUUGAGAUGUGGAAGAUCAAGAAGCUGAUCAAAUCCCUUGAAGCAGCUAGAGGAAACGGAACCAGCAUGAUCUCACUCAUCAUGCCUCCUCGUGAUCAGGUCUCUCGUGUUACCAAGAUGUUGGGUGAUGAGUAUGGAACCGCAUCAAACAUCAAGAGCAGAGUCAAUCGCCAAUCUGUUUUGGGUGCCAUCACUUCUGCACAGCAAAGGCUCAAGCUUUACAACAAGGUCCCUCCCAACGGUCUCGUGCUCUACACUGGAACCAUUGUCAACGACGAUGGCAAGGAGAAGAAGGUUACCAUCGACUUCGAGCCUUUCAAACCGAUCAACAACACUCUCUACCUCUGCGACAACAAGUUCCACACCGAGGCUCUGAAUGAGUUGCUGGAGUCUGAUGACAAGUUUGGCUUCAUUGUGAUGGACGGUAACGGGACUCUCUUUGGAACCUUGAGCGGUAACACCCGUGAGGUGCUUCACAAGUUCUCUGUUGAUCUUCCUAAGAAGCACGGAAGAGGAGGACAGUCUGCUCUUCGUUUUGCUCGUCUCCGUAUGGAGAAGCGUCACAAUUACGUGAGGAAGACUGCUGAGCUGGCCACGCAGUACUACAUCAACCCUUCAACGAGUCAGCCUAAUGUCUCUGGAUUGAUUCUUGCUGGUUCGGCAGAUUUCAAGACUGAGUUGAGCCAGUCGGAUAUGUUUGAUCCCCGUCUUGGAGCCAAGAUACUAAACGUGGUGGAUGUAUCGUACGGAGGAGAGAACGGUUUCAAUCAGGCUAUUGAGCUUUCCUCUGAGAUCCUUGCGAAUGUGAAGUUCAUUCAAGAGAAGCGUUUGAUUGGGAAGUACUUUGAGGAGAUAAGCCAGGACACUGGGAAGUACGUGUUUGGCGUGGAGGAUACACUGAACGCUCUGGAUUCUGGUGCUGUGGAGACGCUGAUCGUGUGGGAGAAUCUUGAUAUCAACAGGUAUGUGUUGAAGAACGCUACGACGGGUGAGAUUGUGAUCAAGCACCUGAACAAGGAACAGGAAGCCAACACUGAGAAUUUCAAAGCAGAGAACAGCGAUCUUGAUGUGGAGGAGAAGAUGUCUUUGCUCGAGUGGCUGGCUAACGAGUACAGGCGUUUCGGCUGUGCGUUGGAGUUUGUGACCAACAAGUCUCAAGAAGGGUCUCAGUUUUGCAGAGGGUUUGGAGGAAUUGGAGGGAUACUUCCAAUCAAUCAAAUCCUCACCAUCGCUGGUUCAGGAAGACGGCUCGCUACCGAGCUUGAACCAGCCUGCGCGGGCUAUCGGGGUCACGCAGUAGAUCGAUCGAAACUUAGUGAAGAAGCAUCUUUUCUAAAGGUGUGA